CGUGCAGCUGAUGUUCAGUAAAGUUGUGACAUCGGUGGAGAAGUGGUGAGGUGAAAAGUGAGACUUACAUUGGUUGAAGAAAAGGUGAACAACGAACCACAUACAAGCAAAUAACAGCUUGUGUGUUCUCCAUGGGACGAGGGGUCGUUCUGCUGCAUUUUGAUCUUUCAUUUCGUCUGUGACCGUAUAUCAUCAUGAGCAGCCAAUCCAGUCAGACCCACAUGUCCGUGGACCCCUCUCAACUGCAAUCCAGCCUCUCGUCACCGUCCGUACCCGGUUUUCACAUCGAAGAUACCUCGGUCUCGCCAAUGUCCGGUCUUACCGAGACAUUUGCCGGGGCCGGCGAGACCGAGCGACAAGCCAACUUGUAUUUGCACCGGAACCUGUCGGCCACCAGCAGUCAAGACUCUUGUCAUAUGGAGGAGGUGGAGGAGAAAGGCGUCUUGGAUGUCAAGAUCAAACGGGCUCCGUCCAUUCGCCGGAACAAUUCGGCCAUUGAGGCGGGCAUGCCUUGUUACAAUAUCAUCUCGAAACCCAGAGGCUUGGCCAUGAUUGUGGACAUCGAGAAGUUCGACAAUGAUGUGCAAGAGCGACGGGUAGGUUCACACGUGGAUGUGGAUAACCUGAAAAAGCUCUUUCGGGGCCUUUAUUUUGACGUGAUUGAGAAGCACGACUUGUGUCGUCGAGAUUUUGAAGUGGCUCUGCGUGAAUUGGCGACAGAUUAUCGCCAUCUUCAUGGAGACAUGAUGAUCUUGGCUAUUUUGUCUCAUGGCCGAGAUGGGCAUAUUUACACUGCCGAGGGACACUCCAUUCCCACCGAGGCCAUUUAUGAGCUCUUUAAUAAUCAGAACGCACCUCUACUCAUCGGCAAGCCCAAGUUCUUCAUCAUUCAGGCAUGUCGAGGGGAACAGAAUGACUUUGGUCAAAAAGAGAUGCUUCCCGAUGAAGUGUCCAUGCCGAUGGCACGGAAACGUCGAAUUGGAUCCGACAAAGAUACCAUUCCCUUUUCAAACUUUGAGGACGUGGAUCGAGCCCGCCCCACUUGGGAGGACAUGAUCAUCGCCUACAGUACAAUCCCCGGUUAUGUAAGCCUUCGAGAUCAUCUUAAGGGAACCUGGUUCAUCCAGAGUCUGGUGGAGGUGUUCAUGAAUCACGCCCAUGACAAGGAGCUGAUAGAUCUUCUUCGAAUUACCUCCGAGCGCCUAAGCCAGUUCUCAAACGUGUCUCAAGAGAAGCAGACGUGCAAUAUCGAGAUGAGACAUCUGUACAAGCGGAUCUAUUUCAAUCCCGGCCUACCCGAGGCCAAAUCCUCGCCCAAGGGCUUACGCCGAUCUCAAUCCGACCUUCCGGAUAGUCCCCGAAGACGACGUCAAUCUGCCAUUGGUGAGGAGGACGACUACAGUGAUAUUGACCAAUGAUAACGGGAAUGGGCUCUUUGAUCUACUGCAUCCAACAAGUUUCAAGCCGUGAUCAUCCUAUUAAUCAAUUAUUUACUACCUCCUCGGUGAGAACAUGAUGAAUUUGGCUUUCAUCCUCUUCUUCGUAGAGCUCAAUUAAUGUACUCAAAAUGAAUAAAUCGUCGAUGUAAUCGAUAUGUUACCAAUUUCA